AUGCGGGGCCGGGACGAGCGGCGCUUCAUCGCGGCAAGCGAGUACUUGCGGGCGCAGCACGAUGACACCGAUGGACCCGGGCCGACACACACAGACGGUUACGAGCGCGAGGCCCUGCUGGACCACUCCGACACCAAGGGGCUCAGCUUCAUCUCGACGAGAUGGAGGAACGACCCCGCCCCGGACCCCGUCUUCAGGGACGGGCUGCAGAUCCUCAGGAUAUUCAAGGAGCACGGGAUCGUCAAGCACGAUGACGCGCGGAUAUUGCGCUCCGAGGACGUGCGCAACUUCUUCAUCCACAUGGACAAGUGCUACAAAACGCAGAAAAUAUCCAUGUCGGAGCUGUUUGCGCGCACGCUGCAGAGUCUACGGGCGUUGCCGGGCAUAAUAAAGCAGGCGAAGCUGCACAACAAAGCCGGCAACCCCAAUGGGGGGGCGCCUAUGGAUGACCCGAGUGACUACCGCCACAACGACGACAUGCCCAGUCCGCGGGUCGAGGUGGUCGUCGAGUGGGAGAAGAUCAAAAUGCAGCGUAUCAUCGGCGGGCUCAAGGUGCUGUUCCCGUUCCCAACCAUGGCCAAGGCGCAGAUACAGAUUCUGGCCAAGUUGAUCAACGCCCUCAAAAACGCGGAGCACGUCAUCCUCGAAUCGCCCACCGGCACCGGUAAGACCGCGGCCAUACUGUCGGGGGUACUGUCGUGGAUGUACCAGGGGCACGUGCAGAACACCGUCGCCUACGACAACCCCAGCGACGAGUCGCAGGCGUCCACGUCCAGCAGCAGCUCGUCGCAGGCGGAGGUCAGCACCAAGGUCAAGGCGCGCGUUGUGUACCUGACCAGGACCCACGCGCAGAUCAAGCAGGUCAUGGCCGCAAUCAAGAAGAGCGGGUUCAGGCCCAAGAGCUGCUGCAUAGCGUCGCGGCUGCAGCUUUGCAUCUACAAACCGAAGAAGCAUAACGAAGAUGAAGAAAACGAAGGCAGCGAUAACGACGCUGACGAUCCGAAAAACCGGGUGAACUCGCAGUGCAGACAGUUCAUAGCCAAUGUCGACAAGGCGCGAGCGUCCGCAAAGCAAAGCGUGUACACGUGCUCCGGAAGGCUCAUCACGCCCAAGCCGACACUAAGCGAACAGAUGUGCCCGUAUUACCUCAACCUCGGGUGCAAGAACUACGCCAUCAGCACGGCGCUGCGGCUGAUGGGCAGCGACAACGCGACGUGGGACAUCGAGGACCUCAUAUCGUACGGGAUGGAGCCGAGCCAUCCCGACGCGUCCGUCGGCUGCCGGUGCAACGAGCAGGCGGAUGCCAGGCCGACGAAGAAGCGAGAGGGGGACAUCACGAACUACUUCACGCGAAAGUCGCAUUAUGAGCCGCCGCCGUCGCAGGAUGGAGUGUGCCCGUACUACACCGCGAAGGCCGUGGCGCAGGUGGCCGACUUUGUCGUUUGCCCGUACCCGUACAUCAUCGACCCGCACACCGUGGUCAGGGGCAACGCCAUACCGAACAAGGUCGCCACCAUACUGACGACCGACACCAAGUACCAGAGCGUUAAAAGCGAGAUCAUCGAGAUCAUCAGCGAGAAGACUAACAUCAGCGGCUCGGCCGGCAAUGGCAUCUUCUCGAACCUGAACAACACGGUGCUCAUUUUCGACGAGGGGCACAACCUCGAAAACUCGUGCAUCGAGGAGGCGUCGUGGGACGUCGGGCUGGACUACCUCAAGGCGGUGCUCAAGUGGCUGUUCUUCGUGCGGGCGAAGAUCAAGGCGAUGGACGACAUCGACCUGAGUGAUAACGCCGACAAGUCGUCGCUGAAGGCCGGUGGCCAGCUGGGCAAGGCGCUCGUGCGGGUCAUCACCUUCUUGCAGGAGCUGAUCGAGGGGCUGGAAAAGUUUUUGCACUCGACGUCCGACGACAGCUCGGGCCGCAGGAAGGGCAACUCCUAUGAAAGGGUGGUCCACAGCUGGGAUAGGUACGACCAACUCCAGAACCCCUUGGGCGGAUCGGCGGAGUUUAUAGAGGCGUUCAACCUCGACAUCACCAAGGUCUAUAUCGUCUACUGCAGCAUGAUGCAGAUCAAGUCGCAGGCCAGGACGCUGAGCCUCAGCGGGGUCAGGUUGAUGGAGGACUACAUUUUCCAGCUGGAGUACAUGCUCGCCAUCAUGGUGAUGCUCUGCCACAUGCCCGAGUGCUACAACGUCCAGAUUGUUGCCAACGGUGACAACGCGUACAGCCUGGGGAUUUGGCUGAUGAACCCCGCCGUCAUGUUCAACGAGCUGGCGCUCAACGCGCGGAGCAUCGUCAUCGCGUCAGGGACACUCGCGCCCAUUCCCCCCAUGGUCGCCAGCCUGGGCGCGGAAUUCGAGAAGAGGCUCAAGAACAACGUCAUAUCGGCCUCGCAGACGCUCACCAAGAACCAGCUGGCGCUCUACACGGUCACCCACGUGUCCAACUGCAGGUACAACAACGACGUCAUAGAGUGCAACUUCAAAAACCUCAAGGACAACGCAUUCCUGCUCCAGCUCGGCAAUUCCAUCGCCAAGCUGCUCGAGGUGCUGCCUGGAGGCACGCUCAUUUUCUUCCCCAACCGGUCGGCGGUCUCCGCGUGCGUCCAACUCUGGGGAGAGACCUUCUACGACGCGGGUCCCAGGCGGACCAAGAUCACGAUCCUUGAACGCAUCAUGCAGUGCAAGGACAUGAACUUCUACCAAGAGCCCACUUUAGCAGCCGAUUUCGCCGUUAUGUUGAAGGAACUUCACGAGCAGCGGGAAUUCGUGCUCUUCGCCGUGUAUCGAAGCCACUCGUCGGAGGGGCUCAACCUCAAACUGUCCUCCCUUAUACUUGUCGGGCUACCGUUCCCAUCCAUUGUCGCGCCCAAGGUCGGAAUGACCCGGAGGUACCACAAAUCGCAAUCGGAACCCUACAACUGGUACCUCAGGGAAACCUACCGCGCAGUUAAUCAAUCCAUCGGGAGAUGUAUACGCACGAAAGACGACAGAGGUGUCGUGAUCCUGCUGGACCGGCGCUAUACGGCAGCCAAGGAGUACCUUCCGUACUGGAUACACCCCUACAGCAGGGCACCGUAUACUGUCGAGGGCGUAAGAGAUGACAUUGAAGCUAAUUUUAAGUUCUAG